GCGUUGAAAAGUGUAAAACACAGUAUCUAUUUAAUUAUUAACCACUGUUAAAAAGAAGAAAGCUUCUGUAACGUCUUUUGACUGUUACAGCCUUUUUUUUAACCUCCCUCCAUAGCAUAAAUACACCUCACCAACUCUCUCGCCUCUCUCUAAACCCGAACACACUCCUCCUUCCUUCAUUGUCUCUCUCAACUUCUCUCUCAAACAUAAACCCUGUUUCUUGAUUUUCUUUACUUUCAUUUCCAUCGAUGUUACGAGAAUCAGAAGGUGAGAUGAGCUUAGAGACCACAAACUCCCCCAUUAGCAGCGGGACAGAGAGUUGCAGCAGUUUCAGCCGGUUAUCUUUCGACACACCGCCGUCAACCACCGCGACUAUCCCCGAGGAAGAAAGCUUCCUCUCCCUUAAACCUCACCGCUCCUCCGACUUCGCCUACGCAGAGAUCCGCCGGCGGAGGAAACACGGCCUCACCUUCCGAGAUUUUCGCCUCAUGCGCCGCAUAGGCGCCGGAGACAUCGGAACAGUGUACCUAUGCCGUCUCGCCGGAGACGAAGAAGAGAGCCGGAGGUCGUAUUUCGCGAUGAAGGUCGUGGAUAAAGAAGCGCUUGCGUUGAAGAAGAAGAUGCACCGAGCUGAGAUGGAGAAGAAGAUUCUGAAGAUGCUCGACCAUCCCUUUUUGCCGACCCUUUACGCCGAGUUUGAAGCGUCGCAUUUCUCUUGCAUCGUCAUGGAGUAUUGCUCCGGCGGAGACUUGCACUCGCUUCGUCAUAGACAGCCCGACGGAAGAUUCUCCCUUUCCUCCGCCAGAUUUUACGCGGCUGAAGUUCUAGUGGCGUUAGAAUAUCUACACAUGCUAGGCAUCAUCUACAGAGAUCUCAAGCCUGAAAAUAUCCUAGUUAGAUCGGACGGUCACAUCAUGCUCUCUGACUUUGACCUCUCCCUAUGCUCCGACUCAAUCGCAGCCGUCGAAUCCUCCUCCUUCUCGCCGGAGAAUCAACCCCGUUCAUCCCCGCGUAGGCUCACACGUCUAGCAAAGCUUUUCCACCGCGUCUUGCGGUCCAAAAAGGUUCAGACGCUAGAGCCUAACCGACUCUUUGUUGCUGAACCGGUUACAGCCCGGUCCGGUUCUUUCGUUGGUACGCAUGAGUACGUUGCACCAGAAGUCGCCUCGGGUGGGUCCCAUGGGAAUGCCGUUGACUGGUGGGCCUUUGGAGUGUUUCUAUACGAGAUUAUUUACGGUCGGACUCCGUUCGCCGCGCCGACCAAUGACGUCAUACUCCGUAACAUCGUGAAAAGACAGUUGACUUUCCCGACCGAUACGCCGGCUACCAUGUUCGAGCUUCAUGCGAGGAGUUUGAUCUCCGGGUUGCUCAACAAGGACCCGACUAAACGACUCGGGUCGCGGCGAGGCGCCGCGGAGGUUAAGGUUCAUCCGUUUUUCAAAGGUCUAAACUUUGCGCUUAUCCGUACGUUGACUCCGCCGGAGAUUCGUUCCGACGUAAGGAGACCGAAGAAAGCGGCGACGUUUAGUGGUAGGAGUAAUAAACCAGCGGCGUUCGAUUUCUUUUGAAGCGAACGGUAGUGAUUAGCGCCACGUUCUGGUCGGUUCAAGUCGGUGACUGACUUGUGACGAUAGAUCUUUUAGCUGUACAUAUUCUCUUGAAGCUGUCCUUGAUUUUAAAAAAAUACUACUAUUAGUUUUAUCUGACUUUUUAUAUGAUUAUAAUUAGAUGAUUUCUCACGCGA